AAUCACUCUACCCCGUCAGGCCGUCACUGCUGUUAAGCACAAUGUCUUCAAACAAUCCUCGCCUGGGUAUACUCACUGGUAUUUCAUAUGUGUCUGGGGUAGACUACUACCGCACCAUAAAUGAACUGGCCUCGAGUCUGCUGCCCAGAGGGCGUACUAUGAUUCGGAAUCCUCAUAUGAACCUGGUGUCUGUUGAUUGCGAUGAAUAUGCAACAUAUCUUAACGACGGUGACAUGAAUGGUGUGCUGGAGUACCUGUACGAUGCUGUCAAGAGGCUGCUUGCGGCAGGUAGUGAGGUGCUUGUGAUCGCCUCCAACACAGGCCACUGUGUGGUGCCCCUGGUAGAGCAACGUACCAACAUCCCCAUACUGCACAUAGCCGACACGUCUGCACAUGCUAUCAAGCAGAAAGGUCUACGAAAGGUGGGCCUAUUAGGCACCAAGCCGACUAUGCAGGAUGGCUCUUGGCUCAAGUCACGCAUCAAUACGCACGGCAUUGAGGUCGUGGCCCCGACAAAGCUUGCCGAUCUAAUAAGGUGCUACGACAUCAUAUGUCUGGAACUCAGUGCCAACAUCUUCCGCGAUGAGUCGGCUGAGUUUCUGCUGUCUCUCAUACAGACACUGGUCACUGAGGAGGGUUGCGAGGGUGUGAUACUGGGUUGCACUGAGCUUGAGAUUCUACUUACCGAGGAGAAGGUGCUCGAGGCAAAAGUUUCAAUCCCAUUGUUUAGGUCAGCCGCACUUCAUAUCCAUGCGGCCGCCAAUAUUGCUGCCGGCCAGAAAAGUGUCCAGGACUAUUUGCCCCCAAACCGAGGGGUGCAAGGGCAGGCUGAAUAGUAUGUACUUCGGUUUUGAGCCUCGACGUGUCACAAAUGGGCACAGGCGACGUCUGUAGUAGGCAGGAGGCUGUAUUGUAAGGGAGCGAAGAAGAAAGAAGAUGUAAGGGAGAAGAUGUAAGGGCGAAGAAGUCUAUCCUUGAAUUUGUCAGAAAUGUCGGAUCUCGAGUCCAACUCGUCCGACGAGCAUUGAAAGGGCACAUCCUACCGACGGCCGUACCGUGUUGGUCUCUACCUACAGUCCGCAAGGAACCCGUCACAUCUGAAGCAGAACAGCAACUAAUUCUGUCAUUUUAAAGCACUAAGAGACGGAAUUAAUUCGGGCGGCCGGAUGGUCUCCAGCUCUCUGUUGUGGUUCGAGAUAUGCACUUCUGCCGCAUCAGCGUCCGCCAUUCACGUUUUCUCUUCGCGGUCUCUCGCAUAGUUGCCCAGCACACUAUUAGAUUAGCACACUAAGGACUAGCACACUAUUAGAUUAGCAUACUAUCAGAUCAGCACACUAUUAGAUGUUAGAUGGUAGAAGUGAGCUCUAUCAUCCCGGAAUACACUGCAUUCGACAGGGUUUUAGGUGUUGUGUAGACCCACUCCAUGGCCCGGGCUGCAGCACAUGUGUGUGUGUGCACAGUGGCGCUAUAGUCACGCACAUUUUACGAGUAAGUUGUGGUGCCGGGAUACACAACGCGGGCGAAUUGAGUUUGGCCCAGCAUUCGGUCAAAGAGACACAAUCCUCGGGCAAACUCAUGCAAGAGAUCGGGAAGCGGGAGGGAAAGAGAGAGGUGGAGACCACAUAACAGGUGUUCCUUCUGCCGCUGCACUCAACACUGUAUAUGUCUUUCGCCUGACAGUAGAGAUAUUAAUGCGCAGCCUGAUACGUACACCGCUCAUCACCACCAACGACCGAGUUCGAAGACAAGUAAAAGGGGAGAAUGAAUACACAUUUGGAAAGAUGGGUUUACAUGUCUAUAUCCCACAGAUUAAAAUAUUUGUAUUGGG